GCCGCCUGAUGAGCUCGUAGGUGCGAGGUGGUGUCGGUGGGCGCGCAGGCUACAGUGCUCCUCCCCGGAACUCACACACGAAACGCGCACGGACUCUGGAUCCAGACGCCCGUUUACAUGCACCACCCCUCGGAGGGGGCUGCAGCUCCGCCCGCCUUAUCUCAUCACCCCACCCCUUGCCCCAGCCCCGCCCCGUAUUUGGGCGGUGUCCUCGGGCUUCGCAGACUUCGGCGCAAAGAGGCUGGGCUUUUCGGCGCAGCUGCUCCAGAGGUCGAGCUGCACUGGGAGUGCAAGCAGGCGGAGGCCGGCAGGGACGCGGCCGGGGCAAUGCUGGGCAAGGAUUACAUGCUGGCCAUAAUUCUGGUCAAUUGCGAUGAUGACUUGUGGGGCGACCAGAGUCUGGAGGGAGAGCCAGGCCUGCCCCCUGGCUGGAGGAAGAUUCAUGAUGCUGCAGGUACUUAUUAUUGGCAUGUGCCCAGCGGUAGUACCCAGUGGCAGCGCCCAUCCUGGGAGCCAGGAGAUGCAGAGGGCCCAUGCUCGAGGACGGAAGGGAUUUGGGAACUUCGGCCGCCCAAAGGAAGAUCCUUUUCCAGCCUGGAGAGCUCACUGGACCGGAGUAACUCCCUGUCCUGGUAUGGUGAGGAAUCCUACAUCCAGAACAUGGAACCAGGGGCUAAGUGCUUUGCAGUCCGCUCUCUGGGUUGGGUAGAGGUACCUGAAGAGGACCUGGUACCAGGGAAGAGCAGUAUCGCAGUCAAUAACUGCAUCCAGCAGCUGGCCCAGACCCGCAGCCGGAGCCAGCCCCCAGAUGGUGCCUGGGGUGAGGGCCAGAACAUGCUAAUGAUCCUGAAGAAGGAUGCCAUGAGCCUGGUGAAUCCCCUGGACCACAGUCUGAUCCACUGCCAGCCUCUGGUGCACAUCCGUGUGUGGGGCGUGGGCAGCUCCAAGGGCCGUGACAGGGACUUCGCUUUUGUGGCGGGAGACAAAGACAGCUGUAUGCUCAAGUGCCAUGUGUUUCGCUGUGACGUCCCUGCCAAGGCCAUUGCCAGUGCCCUACAUGGGCUCUGUGCCCAGAUCUUGUCAGAGCGAGUAGGGGUCGGUGGUGAUUCCUCUUGCUGUUCCUCGGACGCCAUCUCCCCUGAAGAUCUGCCGAGGCAAGUGGAGCUGCUGGAUGCCGUGAGCCAGGCUGCUCAGAAGUACGAGGCACUGUACAUGGGGAUCCUGCCAGUCACUAAAGCCAUGGGAAUGGAUGUGCUGAACGAGGCCAUUGGUGUCCUUACCACCCGGGGGGACCGGGAUGCCUGGGUCCCCGCCAUGCUCAGUGUGUCUGACUCUCUCAUGACUGCUCACCCCAUUCAGGCAGAGGCUGAUGCAGAGGAGGAGCCACUGUGGCAGUGCCCUGUGCGCCUUGUGACCUUUAUUGGUGUUGGCCGAGACCCACACACCUUUGGCCUCAUUGCUGACCUGGGCUGUCAGAGCUUCCAGUGCGCAGCCUUCUGGUGCCAGCCCCAUGCCGGGGCACUCUCCGAAGCUGUACAGGCUGCUUGCAUGGUUCAGUACCAGAAGUGUCUUGUGGCCUCUGCAGCUCGAGGCAAGGCCUGGGGUGCCCAGGCCCGUGCCCGCCUGCGGCUCAAGCGGACCAGCUCCGUGGACUCCCCAGGAGUUCCCUUGCCUCUCCCCGUGCUCAAAGGAGGGGUUGGGGGUGCAGCCCCUCGAAAGCGGGGCAUCUUCUCUUUUCUUGAUGCCUUCCGGCUGAAACCCUCUCUGCUCCAUAUGCCCUGAAUUGAUUUGGGAGGGCUGGGGAAAGAGGCCCUGGGUCCGUGCCCCGAUCUGUUCCCUGUCAUUCUCCAGGGGCCUGCAGCCUCUCACCCUUUGGAGCCUUCUCUGCCUGUCCCUCCCACCUUGUGCACCCUUUAUUUAUUGCCCAAUUUAUUAAUUGUUUAUAUGGAUGGCUGAGAGGCCCUGCACCACAACCCAGGACCCUGGCUCUCCUUUCCCUGGGUCCCUGUGUUCCUUGCCCCUGUCCAGCCCUGGACAGUUGGCUCUACCUCAGCAACACUUUAUAGCAAAAUCAGUAUAAAUAAAAAUCCCUCAGUGACCUCA